UGAUAUGAGUGCAUAGCAAUAGCAAAGUGGAAUCUCCCAUUUCUUCACGUCAUCUCUCUCUCUCUCUCUGUUCCAAAAUUUGAUCCCCAAGAGCAGAGCUGUGAAGUGAAUUGCAGAGAAGAGAAGAGCAAUGUCAGGGCCACAAUGUUGCUCAAACCCACCAACCAUUAACCCCACUGCAGGUGCAGGCCAUGUUGAGAAAUUUGCUGGUCUUGAUUCCUAUCUCACUGGCUCCCCUCACUCUAAGCUUGCCAUUCUACUUGUCUCUGACAUUUAUGGAUAUGAAGCGCCGAAUUUAAGUGUAUCUCUGGGCAGUGAUACUGUUUGUCCUCUGUUGUUAAGGAACCUUGCAGACAAGGUUGCAGCUGCUGGAUAUUAUGUGGUUGUUCCUGACUUCUUCUAUGGUGACCCAUAUAAUCCUGAGAAUGCUAACAGGCCUUUACCUGUUUGGUUAAAAGAUCAUGGAACGGACAAAGGAUUUGAAGUUGCCAAACCCAUAGUUGAAGCUUUAAAAAGUAAAGGUGUGUCGGCUAUUGGGGCUGCUGGAUUUUGUUGGGGAGCUAAGGUUGUGGUUGAACUUGCGAAAUCCAGACUAAUCCAAGCUGCUGUGCAAUUACACCCAUCAUUUGUCUCUCUGGAUGACAUCAAUGGUGUUGAUAUUCCAAUUGCUAUACUUGGAGCUGAGAUUGACAAAAUGUCUCCUCCAGAGCUUCUGAAACAGUUUGAACAAGUCUUAACUGCUAAACCUGGGCAGGUUGAUAGUUAUGUUAAAAUAUUUCCUAAAGUCUCACACGGUUGGAGUGUGAGAUACAACAUCGAAGAUGCAGAAGCUGUGAAGGCUGCUGAGGAAGCCCAUCAGGACAUGCUGGACUGGUUUGCUAAACAUCUCAAGUGAGAAAUCAAUCUUGUUCUAUGAAUGUGAAGAAGAACUUCUAUUGCCUCUUUUCUAAUAAGAGCUUGUUUGUCUGAGAUUGUUCAUAACUUUGCUUUUCCAAUUUCUGGGUCAUAUUUUCGAGGACUGUGGUAAAUACAUCUUCAGCUUCGCCUCGUAUGUAAAAUAAUCUUCAAAGUUCUGUUAUCAUUCACUUUGUUUGAAUGGAUUGGAUUGAAGAAGCUUUGUUUUUAAACUCUAGUUAUUCCCCGCCAAGGGUGAGUUUGUCCAAGUGCCUAAUGCUAAGGUCUAUGUAUAAAUUCUGGAAUUGUGGUCUUUGAAUGAUUCUGGUGUAUAAAAAGAUAACUAAGGGCCCGUUUGUAAA